CAACAAGGGAAUAUCUUGCGUCUUUGCCUCCAUGGUACCUGAAGCAGGUGUUCUCCUCUGACCCAGGGACCCCUGCACACGAGGCUGAACUAUCCGUGUUCCACCCACACGUUCUGUGCUGUAUCUCCAGGUUAAAAACUGAAAGAUGCCAAAAAAGAGAGGGGCGCAGGGGAAGAAGGUCACCCUGAAGAUGGCCAAGAAGUCCAUGAAGAUCACGGUGGAUGGGAAGAGGCGCUUGGACCUCAGCAACAUGGGCAUCGGAGCCUUUCCCAGGUGCAUCUUAAAGCUGGCCGACAUCGAGGAGAUAGACCUCAGCAGAAACAUGAUCAAGAAAAUCCCUGACUACAUCAACAAGUUUACAAAGCUGCGAUAUCUAGACUUUCACACGAACAAGAUAGAGAAAAUCCCAGAGAAUAUUGGGCAGCUGGAAUUACUUUACUACCUGGACCUGUCCAAUAACAAACUCACCACCGAUGGCUUGCCCUUGGAACUCAAUCAGUUAAAAAAUCUCCGCGUCCUGAACCUUGGGCUGAAUUCCAUGGAUAUGAUUCCAACCACCCUUGGCACGUUAAAGGAACUCAAGGAGAUUGGACUGUUUGACAACCGCAUCACCUACUUGCCGGAGAAAAUCACCAAGUUGCCAAAACUGAAAAAGUUAAACGUGAUGCGCAAUCCUUUCACCACGCCACAGGUACCCGAAGAGCCAAUCGACACCAUUGAUCGCAUUGAGGAUAUUUACCUGGCCAAGAAGAGCAUGCUAUGUCGCCCCUGCCUCAAGAAGCUACAGCGAGAGAGGAACAAGUGGAGCAAGGUGAAGCAGAUGACUGAGAUGGAUGAGGAGCCAGACUUCACUGGCCUCCUUGCUCCCAACUCUGUUGCUAAACAGAACGAGGUUGCUUGGAGAGUCACAGAAUGAGAGACUGAACUCAAUCCAUCCCAAUCAUUAGGCUCAAAAUGACCCAGUAACAAAUAAAAUUAAUUGUCUUGAUUACCUUUAGAUAAGGUCGUAAAUUCAUAAGUCAUUGGAGCAGAACUAGGCCAUUCAGCCCGUCCAGUCCGCUCUG